CAGUCGGCGCCGUAUGAUGGCUGCUUCGUCAGUUUAGCAGCAGGAAGAGGAUGUCUGCGUUAGAUGAAGGACUUGUAUCCCCGGGGUAUAACACCUUCUACUAACUGAAUAGGCCGCUGGAGAGUGUUUCUGUCGAGACAGCAGGGAUUUCGGACGCUCAUUUCGUGUUCAAGGGGCGGCCUGAAGACGGACGCCGGAUAAAAAAAUAAAAAAAAUGUCCCUGUUUCAGUCGGCACUGGAUUUCUUAGCCGGGCCCGGCUCGUCCGGAGGGGCCAGCCGGGACCAGAAUGACUUCGUCGGACAAGUCGUUGAGCUCGGUGACAUGAAGCUGAGGAUAAAACGGGUGAUCGCUGAAGGUGGAUUUGCUUUUGUGUAUGAAGCCCAGGACAUGAACGGUGGAAAGGACUAUGCACUGAAGAGGCUGCUGUCCAAUGAGGAGGAAAAGAACAAGGAAAUUAUACAGGAAGUCUGCUUCAUGAAAAAGUUAUCAGGUCAUCCAAACAUGGUUCAGUUCUGCUCAGCUGCAUCAAUCAGUAAGGAGGAGUCGGACACCGGGCAGGCAGAGUUUCUGAUCCUCACCGAGUUGUGUAAAGGUCAGCUGGUGGACUUCAUAAAGCGCGUCGAGCAGCGAGCUCCCAUGUCAUGUGACACUGUGCUGAAAAUCUUCUACCAGGCAUGUCGAGCCGUGCAGCACAUGCACAAACAGAAACCUCCGGUCAUCCACAGAGACCUUAAGAUUGAGAACCUCUUGAUUAGUAACCAGGGCACCAUCAAGCUGUGUGACUUUGGCAGCGCCACCACAGUGUCACAUUAUCCUGACUACAGCUGGUCUGCACAGAAGAGGUCCAUGGUGGAGGAUGAGAUUACAAGAAACACCACUCCAGCAUACAGAACACCAGAGAUGAUUGAUCUGUACUCUAACUUUCCCAUCAACGAGAAACAGGACAUCUGGGCUCUUGGGUGCAUCCUCUACCUGUUGUGUUUUAAGCAGCAUCCUUUUGAGGACGGAGCUAAACUGCAAAUAGUCAAUGGAAAAUACUCCAUUCCACAGAACGAUGCCAAAUACACUGUGUUUCAUGACCUUAUACGUUCCAUGUUGAAGGUGAACCCUGAUGAGAGGCUAUCCAUUACAGAGUUGGUCAACCAACUGCAGGAGAUUGCAGCCGCUCGUAACGUCAACCCCAAGUCUCCAGUUACAGAACUGCUGGAGCAGAACGGAGGAUUCGGAAACAACGAAGUGCAGCCACCCAUGCAGAUCCAGAGUGUCCCUAACAAUGCAGGAGUGUAUGAUCCUGAUCAAGCAGGAAGUGGCUUCCUGGACAUCUUGAGGGGAGGAACAGAGCGCUUCCUGACCAACAUCAAAGACACAUCAUCUAAGGUCAUCCAAUCAGUUGCCAGCUAUGCCAAAGGAGACCUGGAUAUUUCUUACAUCACCUCCAGAAUAGCAGUGAUGUCUUUUCCAGCGGAAGGGGUGGAGUCUGCGAUAAAGAACAAUAUCGAAGACGUUCGUCUGUUUCUGGAUUCACGUCACGCCGGCCACUACGCUGUGUACAACCUCUCCAGACGAUCCUACAGGCCUUCACGGUUCCACAACAGGGUUUCAGAAUGUAACUGGCAGGUUCGCCGGGCUCCCAACCUCCGCAGUCUCUACAGCGUCUGCAAGAACAUGCAUGUGUGGCUCAAGCAGGACCAGAGGAACAUCUGUAUAGUGCACUGUCUGGACGGCCGAGCAGCAUCAGCAGUGGCAGUUUGCUCUUUCCUGUGUUUCUGUCGCCUCUUCACUACAGCUGAGGCUGCUGUCUACAUGUUCUCUAUGAAACGCUGCCCGCCUGGCAUAACUCCCUCACACAAAAGGUACAUAGAGUAUAUGUGUGACAUGAUGGCAGAGGAGCCCAUAAUCCCUCACAGCAAGCCGGUAGUUAUUCACUCUAUCAUCAUGACACCGGUGCCGUUGUUCAACAAGCAGCGCAACGGGUGCAGGCCGUUCUGCGAAGUCUACGUUGGAGACGAGAGGGUCCUCUCCACUUCACAGGAGUACGACAGGAUGAAGGAUUUUAAGAUGGAAGAUGGCAGAGCAGAGAUUCCCCUCAAUGUUACAGUUCAAGGAGACGUACUUGUGGUGAUCUAUCACGCUAGAUCCACACUGGGUGGGCGUCUCCAGGCAAAGAUGGCAUCAAUGAAAAUGUUUCAGAUCCAGUUUCACACAGGCUUUAUCCCAAGAAACGCAACUACUGUCAAGUUUGCUAAGUACGAUUUGGACGCCUGUGACAUCCAAGAGAAAUACCCAGACUUGUUCCAGGUUAAUCUUGACAUUGAAGUGGAACCCAGAGACAGACCCAACAACAAGUCCCCUCCAUGGGACGGCUUCCAGACCAAGGGCCUCAACCCCAAAAUACUCUUCUCGUCUCGUGAUGAGCAGCAGGAAAUCCUCAGCAAGUUUGGUAAGCCCGAGCUUCCCCGACAGCCUGGUUCCUCUGCUUUUUAUGAGUCGGAGUCGCCUCCGGAGCCGGCUCAGACCCCAGAUGGCGCCAACGCCACCGAAUCAGAAUCAUCCGUCAGCAAUGACCCCAACUCUAGCAACUUCUUCCAGACACUAGAUUGGGAAGACACUCAGAUCCCUCAUGAUGCCACAGACAGCAUUGGAGGAGGAUCCCUGAAUGACCAGGAAGAUCUGAGUGAUCAGUCAGAGGGGGAGUCUUACUCCGCUCCCAGUGGGGAAGCUUUAUCCCGUGACCUCAGUGAACAACUGUUCGAUGCUGAUUUCCAGACCCCCCCUCCAGCACCUGAGGACUCUGCUCAAAGCGACACCGCUGACCUCCUGGGAUUGAACUCUGACCCCGAACCGCCUGCCUCAUCUGCGGUUUCCUCUGGUGCUUCUAACCAGGGCGGACUGAAAGCUGCCUCCAGCAACAGCGACCUCCUCAAUGACUUGUUUGCACCCCCUGCUGGUCAGACAGGAGCAGUGCAGGAAGAUCUGUUCUUUGGCGAGCCAACCAGUGGAGCCACACCUGACUCAAAACCCAUGGGCGACUUGUUUGAUCCAUUCGGGAUGGGGUCCGGGUCUGGCGUUGGUUCCAGCGUGGGCUCUUCUCGUCAGGCCUCUGGGCCUGACCUGUUUGGAGAUUUGUUGGGCUCUGACAGUUCAGCGACCAGCGGAUUUAGCUCUGCUCACAGUACCACCACCCCUGCAUCUAACACCAGCCUCUUCAACCUCAAUAAGCUAACGAAAGAUGGACCUAAGAUGACGUCCUCAGCCAGCCAACCAGACCUGCUGGGUGGGUGGGACAGCUGGGCAGCCAAGACCACACCUGGCAUCACCACUAACACAACCAAACCCAGUUAUACCAACACAGCUUCUGGUGUGUCAUCCAUGUCGAAGGCCAAGUCUCAGACCUUUGAUCCAUUUGCAGACCUUGGAUCACUGGGUUCCAAUUUACCAGGCUCUUCAAGUAGUAACUUUUCAGGGGCUUCAUUUAGCACAAAGACGCCGUCUUCCUCCACCCCUUCCUCUGCGAAGCCUCAAGCCCAAGCCUGGAAGUCAGGAAGACCGGCUGCAGCGCAGACCAAACCGUGGAUGUCUGGACCUGGACCAACACCUAAAGCAUCUUCAGCGCCUCAGCCUCCAAGCACACAGUCCUCUAAACCCAACUACAACCUCAACUUCUCUAGUGUCAUUGGUGGGAGGGAGGAAAGAGGGGUUCGUGGGCCUGGAUUUGGCCCCAAACCAAAGGUAAAAGAGGAUGAUUUUGAGGAGCUUCUGUCCACUCAGGGUUUUGCUUCCAAGCCUGAUAAAAAGGGACCAAGGACCAUCGCUGAAAUGAGGAAGCAAGAGAUAGCGAAAGACAUGGAUCCCCUGAAGUUACAGAUUUUGGAAUGGAUCGAAGGGAAGGAGCGAAACAUCAGAGCGCUGCUUUCAACUCUGCAUACAGUAUUGUGGGAGGGGGAAACACGCUGGAAGCCUGUGGGCAUGGCUGACCUCGUGACCCCUGACCAGGUCAAGAAAUUCUACAGGAAGGCAGCAUUGGUCGUCCAUCCAGAUAAGGCCACUGGUCAGCCAUACGAACAGUACGCCAAGAUGAUCUUCAUGGAACUGAAUGACGCCUGGUCAGAGUUUGAAAACCAGGGAUCCAAAGCGCUUUUCUGAAACACCGGCCUGGACCACGACUAAACCAGACCAGACGUGCACUGGGCUGGAUUUGGCCCAACCUAACGAGGGUUUGACUGGGCCAGAUUGGACAGGGCUGAGCCCACAUUGGGCCAUAAAGGGUGCCGAGCCUCUGAGAGGUGUCCUCUCUACAAUUCCCCUUCUUCCUUCUUUACUUUCUUGUGUUUCUACAGCUACAAGAAAAGACCUUCUUGCCUCACUGUAAUGAAAAUACUUCUUGUUCUUACACAGAGGGUUUAAUAAACAUUGAGAUGGUUUUUAAACUCACUGCCUACCUGUGUGACUGCCUGAGUGGUGCUGCAAACAUUGGGAGGAGGGAAUAACUAACAAUUGGGCCAAAAACUUAAGAUGUCGUUUAAUUUGGGGGUCGACACUGAGAAAAUUUUGACCUAUUUUGGUUAUUGGUGGUACUAAUUUUCCUUUGUGCUUUGCACGUUUGCAGCCAGUCUUGUAGUUUACUGGCAAAUAAAAGUGAUUAUGGCUGUAAAUUGUUAAGCAUGGCAGCCGACUUGAAAGUUUGCAAAAUGCCAUUCGUCACGUUGAGACUUGCUUCUUCAAAAAAUGUUAACGUUUCCUAACAGAAAUUGAAAGAUGACUGAAAAAGACUUUAUAAAUUCCUUUGCUGCUCUGAUAUGGGUCACAACUUGAAUUUUCUCGAGCCAGUAAGUCAAGAGAAUUUACCUGUUGAACACUACUUGUGCUGCUUUACACCUGUUAUUGCUGCAGCAGAUCAAAGUUAACAAUAAAAAAAUGCAGCCCUCAAACUGCAUUAAUCCAGUCAGGCAGUCUUUUUUUGUUUUUUUUCUUUAGUUUUUUUUGAAGUGCUCUUUGACUUCCACCUUCUCAGUGUACACUGUGUAGCAAACUGCAUGCUAUCCUCCAUCAAACCUCUAAGCAACAGCAGGUGGAAAUCUUCGAUUUCUAGCCGGGGAUGUCUGAAUGAGCAGUUUUCUUCAUUGAAGUGCUUUUUUUUCUUGUAGCAGCGACAGGAAAGAUGCUGUCAGCGUGAUUGUACCUGGUGUCAGACAUCUCAGUCCAUGAUUUUAAGUUCCUCUGUAAUCAUCAUUCAUUUUUAUCAUUCACGCUCCACCCAUCUUUAACACAGUUUACAGAAAACUAAAGUUCAGAAAAUUGAAGGAUUGAAAAGAAAAUGUGAUGGUCUAUAGGUGAUUGUUUUAUACGGAGGGGUGAUUGUUUUCUCACUCUUUGUAUUUACACUGUUUAUUAGUUAAAAUAUCCCUUCUUUGUAAAUAUUGAAAUAUUAUCAUCCAUGAAGUGGCUUUGUAAAGAUUCCAGCUGUGGGUUUGUCUUGAUAAUCCUCAGGCUGGACUGCGUGAAUGUUUUUGUGUGUGUGCUGAUAAAUAAUGCAGCUUUACAGGGCAUCGUGCUCUUUUGUUGAUUAUCACUUUUUUUUUUCUUUAAUUUUCUGAAAUCUUUCCAACUAUUUUUCCAUUCACAUUUUACCUCAUGGACCAAUCAAAUCUCCUCUAUUUCUUAUUUAUUAUAGUGUUUUAUGGAAGCAUUUGGGGAAGAUGUAUUCCUUAUACAUAAUAAUGGCACAAGUGGAAAAUUCAAAUGAAUGGGAAGAAUUGAACUCAAAUGAGAAAGUUGUUGUUUGGUCAUAGUAUGCCGCUGUUUUCAUUCCAAAGCAUCACAUAUUAAUAUGAAUGUGCUUUUAUACAUGUAUAUCCUGUCUGUUAUUUCUCUAGAUCUGUAACUAUACUUUUGGGUAUUCAGUCCUUUUAUGUCACAAAUACUUUUUCCCCUUUAAAUUCAGAGGUGAAAGUGUUGCUUUUGUUUUGUUUCUAAUAUUUUGUAAAAAGAAAAUGGAGAAGAAAAAAAAUCCCCAAACAAAGGGCCUGCAAACUUAAAUAAAAGAAUAACUAAUGCUUGAAAUUCAAUUUUUGUUGUUGUUUUGACACUCUGACAACAUAAAGCUGAAAAAUGGCCAAAAAGAGAAAAAAAAACACUCAGUGUCUACUGUACCAAAUUACAUCAUGCUUAUAUGAAUGUAAAUUUAAAUGUAAAAAGAGAAAAUUAAAAAAUCUUUUGAUCUGGGA